AUGGGGAGCUCACAGGACUGCAGUGGUUGCAUUGUGUCCCGGGCGCUGGGCCUGGAGUCGCGGGCAAACAGCCUAGCGCUGUUCGUUUCUGUGAACCUCUUUUAUUUCCUCGUCUUCGCAAUGGGAAAGAGCAUGGUGUCCCUCUGCUGCUACUUGUGCUUGGCUCCAGUGAUGCUGGGGCUGCUGCUGAAGGCGCUUCAUCUCACCCCGACAGAGGAGGGACCUUGGGAAAUCGUCAGCCGCUCCGGCAUCGAGAGUGCUGUGGGACGGCUGUACGAGAAGACGAACCAGUUCUUGGAGUUUUGUCGUGAUGUUUGCCUGUGGAGAAACGUCUUCUUCACUACUAAGGUCUGCUGCGUUCUGCUGAGUCUCGGAUAUGUUUCUUCCUUCUUAUCUUUCGCCAGCCUGGUGUUCGUCGCGACUUGGGCUUGGUUCCUGUACAGCAGCUGUUCUUCUAUAUUCCACGACACGGUUUAUCCCAUUGUUUCUCCGUACAUUAAGAUGGCGAAUCAGACCUUCCACAAAGUCUUUCAGUCGAUUCCGAAGAUGGAAGCCAGUGAUAAGAAGCUCUAG